AUGAGCGUCGAGCAGUCCCGCGUCAUGCCCACACCCACACCUGGCGAAAAUAAAUUCAAGCUAAAGAAGAGCUGGUGGAACUGGGUGGCGAAGGAGGUGAAGAGGCAUCCCAGGGCCGUCACCAGCCCGCCCAUCACCGCCGUCACCCUGGUGGACUUGCGCCGGCAGAACGCGAUGGUCACCGGCGACACCAGCAGCGCCACGGCCGUAGAGAGCGCGCCCAACCAGCCUGCAAGCAGAACGAAGGGCCGCGCGGGCCGCGCCAUAUCCGCUGAAGUUUCUAUCUACCACAUUUUAAGUACGCUUAUUACUUGUCUUACUAUUGUUGGCUCAAUUCUUGUAGGAACUGGAAGUGGCUCCCUCUCUCAUGCUCUUAUUAGAGCCAUCAAACCAAAUGGACAUUUAUACACGUUUGAUUUUCAUGAGCAGAGAGCUGAUGUGGCCCGAAAUGAAUUUGAAUCACAUGGAAUUGGUGAUUUUGUUACUGUGGCCCACCAAGAUGUUUGCCAAAAUGGGUUUGGAUCAGAUGUUGCUGGGAAAGCUGAUGCUGUGUUUCUUGACCUUCCUCACCCAUGGGAAGCUGUGCCUCAUGCAGUUAUUGCAAUGAAAGAUGCAGGAGGGCGGUUGUGCUCAUUUUCACCCUGUGUUGAGCAAGUGCAGAAAACUUGCGAACAGUUGCGAAUUCUUGGUUUCAUUGAAAUAACAACCAUGGAGGUCCUAAUUAAAGAAUACCAAAUUACUUCAAGACCUGUAUCUGUGAUAGACUUGGAAAAUAUUAAGCCUGAAGAUUCUGGUCCUAAUACUAAAUGGAAAGAUCCUGUGAAGAUAGUCUCGUGUCAAGCUCCACCAACACUUGCUGGUCACACAGGAUAUCUUACAGUGGCAACCCUCCCUCCAAAGGGAGCUCGGGUUCCUCACUCUGUGAACAGAUCUGAUCAGCAAGACUAAUGUUGAAUAAUCUCUACAUUCAACCAUAAGGUGUGUGUGCUAACUUGAAAGAGUGCAGCAUAAAAUUUGUGAAAAUGAAUUAUACUCAAUUGCUUACCUAAUCAAA